AUGGGAAGGAAAUUGAACGCCGUCCUGGCGCUGGGCAUAGCCUACAUUAUUGUUACCGCUGCUGCCGCCGUCGACGACAAGGGCCUCUCGUUGUCCGGCACCGUUGCAGCACCGGAGAAAGCGAGCUCCCUGGGCAAGGUCGCAGGCGGAAUAACUUAUCACCACGUGUGGCCGCCCAUGAAAUUUGGAUGGCGAAUAGUGCUGGGGUCAUUUGUUGGAUUACUCGGGGCAAUGUUAGGCAGCAUUGGUGGCGUAGGUGGCGGUGGGAUCUUCGUGCCGAUGCUCACCUUGAUCAUUGGCUUUGAUCCAAAAUCAUCGGCGGCCAUGUCAAAAUGUAUGAUCACGGGAGGUGCUAUUUCAACCGUGUACUGCAACCUCAAGCAGAAGCACCCAAAUUUGGACAUGCCAGUGAUAGACUAUGAUCUAGCCCUUCUCUUACAGCCCAUGCUCAUGCUGGGGGUCAGCAUUGGGGUUAUUUGCAAUGUCAUAUUCCCUGACUGGCUUGUCACAGUUCUCUUGAUCAUCCUCUUUAUAGGUACUGCUACUAAAACUCUUCGAAAGGGUGUUGAAACAUGGAAGAAAGAGAACCUAAUAAAAAAGGCAGCGGCAAGACAAUCAGAGCAAUCAAGUGAAGAAAAUGAGUAUACGCUACCGCCUACAGAACAUGAUGCUGCAGCUGAGAAAACAAAAUCCUCAGACGAAGCGGUAUCCAUUUGGAAGAACAUUUACUGGAAGGAGUUUGGCCUUCUUGCCUUUGUUUGGGUAGCAUUCCUUGCGCUUCAGGUCACUAAGAACUAUAAUGCAAUUUGCUCCACCUGGUACUGGGUAUUGAGCUUACUCCAGAUCCCAGUCUCCGUUGGAGUGUCCAUGUACCAAGCAGUAGGUCUGCUGAAGGGGAAGAGAGUGAUAUCAUCAAGGGAAAAUAAGCAAGGCAGCCCCAAAGCUCAUCAGCUAAUGGUAUACUGCUUCUUUGGCGUCACUGCUGGUAUCCUCGCUGGUAUGCUUGGCGUCGGUGGUGGCACCGUCAUGGGGCCUCUCUUCCUGGAGCUCGGUAUCCCUCCGCAGGUCUCAAGUGCUACAGCCACCUAUGUAAUGAUGUACUCUUCCUCCAUAGCCGUCGUAGAAUACUACCUCCUGAAACGGUUCCCUGUACCAUACGCUCUCUUCUUCAGCAGUCUGGCAUUUUUUGCUGCGAUUGUUGGCCAGCGGGUUGCGAGGAAGGUGAUUAAUUUAUUAGGGCGGGCAUCAUUUAUCAUCUUCAUAUUGUCCUUCAUGAUCUUUGUCAGCGCGAUUUCUCUAGGUGAAGUCGGCAUCUCCAACAUCAUUCACAAGAUGGCGCAGCACAAGUACAUGGGAUUCGGCAACAUUUGCGAAUAUGAUGCAUAG